AAUCCACCCUCCCUCCCUUUUCUCCAUCUUCUUGCCCAAUUUGAAGCCCUUACUGUGUGUUUUUUAAGUGUCUGUACACACAGUACAUGCAGGAGAAUGGCGAAGCCUCGUAAGCAAAAGAAUGAAGAACAGAAAGCUGAUAAUUCGGAAGCUGUGGUAAAACAUCAGAAGCUAUGUCUCUCAAUCGAUCUCGAGAAGCGGCGAAUUUACGGUUAUACCGAGCUUGAAGUUGUUGUUCCAGAGAAUGGUAUUGUGGGGUUACAUGCUGAUAAUUUGAUGAUUGAGAGUGUAAUGGUGGACGGAGGGCCGGCGAGGUUUGAAAUAUUCCCUCACUACCAGCAAAUGGACAGUGAUGACAGAUGGUGUUCCGUUUCUUCAGCUAAUUCUGCUGCCGAUGCUGCGGGUUCAGUUUAUGUUUCAUGUCUUGAAAGAGAAUUGGUGCCUAAUUUAUUAAUUAUGUGCUCUAGUGAAGUUGUCAAACCAGUACCCAAGCAGCCAGAACAGACAGGGCAAGAGAAUGGGACACAAAUAUCCAGCGAAUCCAAGCAGGUUUCUAUAAAUAUGUUAUGUUGGGUGCAGAAUGUAAAACUGAUCCAUAUUGACUUCUGGGUGGAGAAGAUAGAAACAGGAAUACAUAUUGAAAAAGAUGUUAUGCACACCAAUAACCAGAUUAGACGUGCCCGCUGUUGGUUCCCUUGUAUGGAUGAUAGUUCACAACGUUGCUGCUUUGACUUGGAGUUCACGGUGGCCAACAAUCUUGUUGCCGCUAGCACUGGAACCCUGAUGUAUCAGGUUUUGAGCAAUGAUGAUCCUCCACGUAAAACAUACGUCUAUAGAAUAAGCGUACCCGUUGCAGCUCAAUGGAUAUCUCUUGCUGUUGCUCCAUUCGAAAUCUUUCCUGAUCGCCAUAAUAAUCUUAUAACACACAUUUGUUUGCUAGCUAACUCAUCAAAGCUUCAGAACACAGUGGGAUUUCUCCAUAGUGCGUACAGCCAUUAUGAACAUUACCUUUCCACCAAAUUUCCAUUUGGGUCAUACACACAAGUUUUUAUUGAUCCAGAAAUGGCAGUAUCUUCGUUGAGCUUGGGUGCAUCAAUGAGUAUCUUUAGUUCACAAAUUCUUUUUGACGAGAAGAUUAUUGAUCAGACGAUAGAUACAAGAAUAAAACUUGCAUAUGGUCUUGCAAGGCAAUGGUUUGGAGUGUAUAUCACUGCAGAGGCUGCAAAUGAUGAGUGGUUAUUGGACGGACUUGCUUGGUUCUUGACAGACUCGUUCAUUAAGCAGUUUCUGGGAAACAAUGAAGCACGCUAUAGGCGUUACAAGGCAAAUUGUGCUGUCUGCAAAGCAGAUGAUAGUGCUGCAACUGCCUUGAGCUCCUCCGAUGCUUCCAAGGCUUUGUAUGGAACACAAUGCAUUGGUUUUUAUGGAAAAAUUCGGUCGUGGAAAUCUGUUGCAGUUCUCCAAAUGUUGGAAAAGCAGAUGGGUCCCGAGUCAUUCUGUAAAGUUUUGAAGAAUUUGGUUGCACCUCCUAAAGAUACAACUCGUCCUCAUAGAACUCUUAGUACAAAAGAGUUUCGCCACUUGGCUAAUGAAGUUGGAAAUCUUGAGCGUCCAUUUCUUCGUGAAUUUUUUCCUCGUUGGGUGGGUUCUAGCGGUUGUCCUGUUCUCAAGAUGGGGUUUUCAUAUAACAAACGGAAGAACUUGGUCGAAUUAGCAGCACUGCGCGGAUGUACAGCUACACCGGAUUCAAAUUCUUCAGUUUCCAAUACUAAACCUGAUUUUGUAAAGCGAGAAGCAGAUGUUGGAUGGCCUGGAAUGAUGAGUAUACGAGUUCAUGAACUUGAUGGAAUGUAUGACCAUCCAGUUUUACCUAUGGCAGGAGAAACAUGGCAGCUGCUAGAAAUACAAUGCCAUUCUAAACUUGCUGCCAAACGUUUCCAAAAGCCAAAGAAAGGUUCAAAGCAUGAUGGUUCUGAUGAUAAUGUAGACACAGUUGCGUCUGUAGAUAUGCGUUCAAACAUUGAUUCCCCCCUGCAAUGGCUCAGGGCAGACCCUGAGAUGGAGUAUCUUGCUGAGAUUCAUUUCAAUCAACCUGUACCGAUGUGGAUAAAUCAAUUGGAGAAGGAUAAAGAUGUUGUUGCUCAAGCUCAAGCAAUCACAGCACUAGAGCUGUUUCCUCGACUUCUCUCCAUUGUCAAUGCUUUAAGUAAUCUCCUCUGUGAUUCUCAGGCCUUUUGGCGAGUCCGGAUUGAGGCGGCUUUUGCUUUGGCUAGCACAGCAUCUGAGGAAACUGAUUGGGCUGGUUUACUGCAUCUGAUUAAAUUCUAUAAAAGCCGAAGAUAUGAUGAAAAGAUUGGACUCCCAAAGCCGAAUGACUUUCAUGAUUUUGCGGAGUAUUUUGUACUCGAGGCUAUACCGCAUGCUGUAGCUUUGGUUAGAGCUGCAGAUAAGAAGAGCCCAAGGGAAGCUGUUGAAUUCAUUUUACAACUUUUAAAGUACAAUGAGAACAAUGGGAAUCCCUACUCUGAUGUUUACUGGCUUGCUGCAUUAGUCCAAUCAGUUGGUGAACUUGAAUUUGGACAACAGAGUGUUCCCUUUCUAUCAUCUCUCGUGAAACGCAUUGACCGGUUAUUGCAGUUUGACAGGCUGAUACCGAGCUACAAUGGAAUCUUAACAGUUAGCUGCAUUCGAGCGUUGACACAAAUUGCAUUAAAGCUAUCAGAAUUCAUCCCGCUUGAUCGUAUCAUUGAUUUGAUUAAACCCUUUUGCUCUUCGAAGACACAAUGGCAAGUUCGAAUUGAAGCAUUCCGUGCACUGCUCGAUCUCGAGUAUCACUGCAAAGGAAUUGAUGCAGCCUUGAUUUUGUUUGUUAGAUAUUUGGAGGAGGAGCCUUCGUUGAGAGGGCAAGUGAAGCUGGGGGUGCAUGCUAUGCGAUUAUGUCAGGUAAGCGGUGGAUCUGAUGAUGAUCACGGUGUGGUGCGUGAGACUCUUGUGGCAUUACUCCGUCUUCUUGAGAGCCCGGCGGCAUUCAACAACGUUACACUCCGCCAUUAUCUGUUCUGCAUUUUGCAAGUCCUGGCUGGAAGAUUGCAACUUUUGUAUUUCAGACCACCAACACUUUGUGGAGUUCCUAGAGAUGAAACGUUGAUCAAGGGCCAUACAGAAAUUUGCAACGAACUUAAAAACUUCUUUGCUGCCAUCGUUAAUCAAUCCAAGCCAAUGGAUCCGUCUUCAGAUACACUUAUGCUUCCGUAUGAUGGUUCGGUCCCCGAAACAACCAUAGAACCAAAUAUCGUUUCCACUGUUGAUAACGAAAGAAGCCAGCCAGAGGAUUUCGUCGUACCUGAUGCACCAAAGGAUGCAUCAAAAGAAGAAAACUACAACUCCCGUGAAGAAAAGCAGCCGGAUAUUAUCACAAUUCCCAGUGAAAACCUGGUCAUUCUUGAUUCUUCAGAAGCUCCUAAAGAACCGGAUACGGUUUCAAAUAGUCAAGAACGAAAGAAACCGAUGCUAAAAAUCAAAAUGAAGCAAUCUUCUGCUUCCAGUAGAGCGGAGGAAGCUGAAAAUGCUCCUCUGGAGCGAUCUCAAGGUGCCCAUAACGGUGCUGAUCACGGGACGAGUAGUUCUAUGUCCAUGGAAGCACCACCACAAAGAAAUUUUAACGAGCCUGCAAAUGUGAGCAAUCAAAACCUCGAUGACGUUAACUCGUGCCAUGAUCUCGGAUCACGCGUGACCGCCAGCAUCGGCAGUGCUAAACUAGCGGGUGAUGGUGAUUCUCUUUUGAAGGAACUCCAGUGUACCGCUGAUUCAAGCAAAGUCCAGGCUAACGAUGUGGACCCUGUGAACCAUAAUAAGUUCAUCAGUCUCCGAGCCCUUAACGGAGCUGACGAUGGGUCAUUGGCGGGUCCCAUACAAAAACCCGUUUUGGGUAGUAAAGACAAGAAGGACAAGAAAAAGAAAGAUAAGGAAAAGAAGCGAAAAAAGCGGGACGAACACAAGAGUCAUAAAGACGAUCCAGAGUACUUGGAGCGAAAGCGAUUGAAAAAAGAAAAGAAACGAAAGGAAAAGGAAUUGGCGAAACUGAUGGUUGCACCUGCAACAGAUGUGAAACAUAAAGAAAAAACGGAAGCGAUCAAAGAGGAGGCUGCGGUUGUAGCUCAAUUGACGAAUAUGGCGACAUCCGUGGAGGAAGCAGUAAAACGGACGGAACCCGUUGCUAAUAGGACCGAAGGUACGACUUCGACUCAUAAACUUAAAAUUAAAAUAAAAAACCGAACUUUAACCAGACCAUAAGUAGAUGUAUUUGUUUAAAAAGAGAUGAGAAAGAAGAGAAAUGUAAAGAAAAAUAUAUAAGAAGCCUUUUUAUUGUACUGUCGUUAAUGCAAUCGAACCGAUAUGCCAGUGAUAUUUUUUGU